AUGGCACCUUCCGAGUCGACAUCACCAUAUGAACUACAAAACUCCCAGGAGACGGACCAGGCUCCAGGUCGCCAGUUGAAGGCUCUCUCCUGGUUCUUCGUUGUUUUCGCUCUGCUGGCGGCCUUGUUCUUGUUCGCACUCGACAACACGAUUGUCGCCGAUGUUCAGCCGAGCAUUAUUUCCUCCUUGGGAGGGAUCGAUAAGCUUCCAUGGAUCACAGUUGCCUUUGCUCUCGGUGCAAUUAGCACCAAUUUGCUUUGGUUGGCACCAUCUUCUUACGGUCGCUUCUUUUCCUGCUCACCGGGUUUAGGGGUCAACUGUACGGCCAUUUGGACAACAAGGUGCUGUUCCUGUCCAGCGUCGUCAUCUUUGAAGCGGGCUCCGCAGUCUGUGGAGCGGCGCCGACCCUCAAUGCUCUCAGCGUCGGCUGAGCGAUCUGUGGCAUUGGAGGAAUGGGCAUCUACCUGGGAACGAUGA